AUUUAAUUAUAGAAAGCUCCAUAAUAAAUUCAACCCCUCUCUCAAUCAAAUAAACAUCUGGAAGUUUUUUUUGGAACAAAAUGGAUCGUAGAAGCGCGUUUGCUGUUGCUUUGAUCUGCUUUGUGGUUGCUGGUGUCGGUGGUCAAUCACCGAGCGCCGCUCCCACUAAAGCACCCCCGGCUGCGACUACGCCUUCUACUGCACCCGCUACUGCUCCUGUGAGUAAAUCUAAGUCACCAGCUCCCACUGCUGCUCCAACUACUUCACCACCGGCUGCGGCUCCGUCAGAGUCUGCGGCGGUUCCAGCCCCAUCAAAAUUUGCUCCAGCUUCUUCCCCUCCGGCUGCUGCUCCAGUGAGUACCCCACCGGCUCCAGUUCCUGUGAGCCCUCCUCUAGCCAAAUCGCCACCGGCUGCUGCACCAACAACUCCUCCAGAGAGCUCGGCCUCUCCUCCUGCUCCUGUUGCGGCUCCAACAACUGCCGAGGUUCCUGCACCAGCUCCAAGCAAGAGCAAGAGCAAAAAGAAGUCAAAGAAACACGGUGCUCCCGCUCCUUCACCUGAUAUGCUUGGACCUCCCGCUCCACCAACUGGCGCUCCAGGACCUAGCCUCGAUGCGUCCUCUCCCGGUCCUUCUGUCGCCGCCGAUGAGAGUGGAGCAGAGAGCAUCAAGAGUUUGCAAAAGAUAAUUGGAGGAUUGGCAUUAGGAUGGGCAGCCAUUGGGUUGAUCUUCUAGAGAAGAGAUCUGGAUUCAGUAUUUAUUAUAAUUUUUUUAUUUCCUCUAUGUAUCACAUUUGAUUAUCAUCAUAUAUUUAUUUUACUCCAUUUUGCUUCCUUAUAAAUACUGCUACUACUUGCCUUAGUGGUGUGGUUUAUUAUUAUUAUUAUUAUCAUAGUUUGAGAUUUUCAUCGUGUUUGCCUUUGUAAUUCUUUUGCGAAAUUAAGUUUGAGAGGGGGACACUUAAAUUUUUUUUAA